UCAGUGUUUGAUAAAAUGUUUUGUCUGUAUUUCUUUCGGUUGGAAUAUGUAAAAAUGUUGUGUCUCUGAAGAUGUCUUCCAUGUUUACAGACGAAUUUAGAAAUAAGAAUUGGAAAUUAUCAGAGCCACAGUAGUUUUAACACUCAGCUCUCAUGGCGGAUAACGUUUGCGACCUUCUCAACAAAUCUUCUUUCGGAACCUCUACGGAUGUUGAAGAUUUUCGUUCGGCACUCGUCGCUUAUUGUGUCUUCAACAGCUGUUUGUGUUAUACAACCUUCAUUUUGAACAUCGUCACCAUCCAUGCGAUAAGGAAAACUGCGUUGUUGCCAAAACCUUUGAGAACAUUAUUACUGAGCCUGGCUGCCUCCGAUGUCGGCGUUGGUUUGUUGGCACAGCCGCUCCAUAUUUUUAUUCUAGUCAGCUGGUUAAAUCGAAAACGUAUCGACUGCAUUUCUUAUAAGAGAUUGAUGGCCAUUAUGAAAUUCUUUUGUGUAUCUUCGCUCUUCAAUGUUGUAACCAUAAGUGUGGACAGGUUCUUAGCUGUUCAUCUUCAUCUCAGAUAUCAAGAGCUUGUAACUCACAAGCGCGUCAUUGCAGCGGUGAUAUCAAUAUGGCUGUUAAGCGCAAUUAUUUCUUCGAGUGUCUUUUGGGGUCCAUUGCUUUUCAGCUCACAAGUCAUUGGGCUUGUGAUUCAGACUGUUUGCCUUUUUGUGGUAGUAAUUGUCUACUGGAGGAUUUAUAUAGUCUUAAAGCGACACAUAAUCCAGAUCGAAGGCCUUCAAAUCCAAGAAGUACAACAGGGAGUUCAAAAUGGUGACUUAUCAAACUUUUUGAAGCUUCGUAAGUCCGCUCUUGGGACAUUUCAUGUAUGUAUUGUGUUCUUAAUUUGUUAUUUGCCUUGCUAUGUUCUCUCUUUUUUACUCCUAACUCACCUUUUAAGUUUAAUCUCUUUUUACGAAGCUCGGCUCUAUGUAAUGACUAUGUUUUUCCUUAACUCGUCUUUGGACCCCGUUAUAUACUGCUGGAAGAUGAGACCCAUUCGUCGCACUCUCGUGGACAUAAUGCGAGGCAUCAUCAAUCGGUUCAGAGAAUAACAGUUCGUUUCUGAUGUCGAUCACAACGCAUAAGUUAAAAACCUCGGCCAUGGUAAUGUUAAACUUGAUUUGUAAAAAGUACCUAAGGAAAACUAAUGGAUGACGAACUUUAACGGUUAGGAAAAUUACACAAUGGAGUUUUAUAGAGUCAAGCGUAAGAAAGUAUCAGUUGCUAGUUUCAAGCGCAUUUUGUAUGAGAAAUUUAUAAAUAACUAGAAAGCUUCCUCGCUACUUGAAUCAUUUUAAGGUUGUCAUCAAUUAAUGUAUGUAUUUGUACUUGUCGAUAUGAUAAUAAAUUUAUAACCUUGUUAAGUGUA